AUGCUGAAGCCGGAGCAGCGCAGUGAAAAUGAUCUCAGUGUGGGGAAGACAGACGACCACCGAGCUCUGGGAAUCGUGUGGAAGUCAAGCCUGGACAAGCUAACGUACCGAGAGCAUGUUCCACCAGAAAUCGUGACCAAGCGGACAGUCAUGUCCACCGGGAUGUCGGUAUUCGAUCCCAUCGGCUACCUCUCGGGUUGGCUGCUACGAGGGAAACUUCUGCUGCAGCAACUCUGGCAACAAGGCAUCAGCUGGGAUGAAGGAGUUCCAGAGGAGUUGACAGCAGAGUGGCAGAAGUGGACGGAAGAGCUGAGGCGGAUUCAUGAUCUGCGCCUUCCAAGACACCUGUUCAACAACAUGUGUGUCAGCACAGUAGAGCUGCACAUGUUUUGCGACGCGAGCGAGAAAGGUUUCGCAGCUGUACUCUACUACAGAUGGAGAGCAGAAGACGGCGAGAUCAACGUCAGCUUUGUAGGCGCUAAGACACGAGUAGCGCCAGCAAAGAAGCUGACCAUUCCGAGGCUUGAACUGCAAGCUGCGGUUCUUGGGACUCGAAUGAUCGCCACUCUGAGGAGAGAAGCACGUGUUGAGAUCGAGUCGACAACCUGCUGGUCCGACUCAAAGAACGUCCUCGCCUGGAUACAGUCCUCUGCACGACGCUACCACGUUUUUGUUGCCAAUCGAGUGGCAGAAGAUCGUGACGUCACGAGGCCGGAGGACUGGCGGUACGUGCCUACUGAGCUGAAUGCGGCAGACGGCGCGUCCAGAGGACAAGACCUGGCGGAUCUGAAGCCUGCCAGGCCGUGGGUCAGUGGCCCAAAGUUUCUCCGAGAGGAGGAACACAACUGGCCAACUUCAGACGUUAAAGAACACGAAGUUUUGGCCAAUGAUCCUGAAACCAAGUCGGUUCUGGCGACCACCGUUCAGCCAGAACUGGAUCCGUCCGCCGCACGGCCCGACCUGAGCCGCUGUUCACGCUGGCUGGUGGCAGUGCGCACUAUGGCUACCAUUCGAAGGUGGCUGCUCCGGCACAGAGACGGCGUUACAGGCGAGUUCACACCCUGUGAGAUAGAAGAGGCUGAAAGAGCUUGGAUCAAGACGGUACAACACGAGCAGUUGGCGAGUGAGCUGAAGGACCUGAAAGCGGGCCGAGCAGUGAGAUCAAAGAGCAAGAUCGCUGGCUUAUCGCCCGUGCUGGUUGGUGGCAUAAUCUGCCUAGACAGCCGGAUCAAACGAUCACCGGAGCUGAGCCCAACCGCCCGACAGCCGCCCAUUAUGCUCCGAGGCCACCGCUACGUCGAGCUGUAUAUUCAGCAUCUACACGAACGGAUGGGGCACCGAGCCCAUGAAGCUGUCCUGACGGAGCUACGGCAGCACUGCUGGGUGCCGCAGGCACGGCAAGCUAUCCGAACGGUGGUCAGGAGAUGUCAGGCCUGCAGAGUGCGGAAGGCUCAGCCUCAUUCUGCCCAGAUGGCGCCACUUCCGGCAUCUCGGGUCACGAUGCUGCGAGGCGCCUUCUACGCCACAGGAGUCGACUUCUUUGGACCCAUCUGGUCAAAGAGAGGCCGCUCAGAUGUCAAGCUCUGGGGCGUCAUCUUUCGAUGUCUGGCGACCAAAGCGGUUCAUCUGGAGCUCACCGACAGCCUGGACACUCAGGCCGCGUUGAUGGCGAUAUCCAGGUUCCAGGCCAGACGAGGCAAUGUUCGCGAACUCUGGUCAGACAACGGAAGAAAUCUGCGCGCCGCGGAAAAAGAACUGAGACGCGUUCUCCAGGAGCUGGAUCAAGACGAGCUCCGACAGAAGUUAGGAGUGGAUAAAAUCGAAUGGAAGUUUUCCCCUCCGUCAGAUCCUGAGGCCGGAGGUGUCUGGGAAAGAAGAGUGAGGACCGUGAAGGAGACGCUGGCGGCGAUCUUGAAAGAGCACAAGCCUCGCUAUGAAGUUCUACUCACGCUGUUCUGCGAAGUCGAGAAAAUUCUCAACUCGACACCUCUGUUCCACGUUCCCGUGGACCCUGAUGAUGAUGACCCGCUCACACCAUUCCACUUCUUGAUAGGAAGGGCGACUCCAAGCUACCCAGCAGGAAAGCAGGAUGAACACGUGGACCUGAGGAAGCGAUGGGAGCACGCGCAGCAGCUAUCAGAUGCCUUUUGGCAGCGAUGGGUCAAAGACUACCUGCCGACGCUCGCGCGAAGACCCAAAUGGAGACAGCAUCACGCGAAUGUACAGGUCGAUGAAAUCGUCAUCAUCGCGGACAAUCGACACCCACGCGGACUUUGGCCGAAGGGUGUCGUGGUGAAGGUGCACAGUGGUGCUGAUGGCAUUGUGCGCUCAGCUGAGGUGCGCACGAAGCACGGAGUUCUGCAUCGUCCUGUGCGGAAACUCGUUAUACUUAGUGUCAUCCCACGACGGGACUAG